AUGGCACUCCGAGUUCUUCUUAGCGCACUCGUGCUCUCUCCGGCAGCAGUAUUUGGUGCUCCUGCAGCCGACGAAAAUGCAGUCACUUCACUUGAUGCCUCGACUGGAGAUGGGCUGGUUGCACGCGCUGGAGGAUCUACCCUUGCCCCUCUCUUGGACCAGCUAGACCAGGUGCUUCAUCCGGAAGACAACGAGGACGAGGAUAAGCCAGACGAGGACGAGGAGGAAGAGAAGAAGAAGCGGCGACGGAUGAUUGGAGUAGCACCAAGGGCCGACGCAGGCAAGAACGACGACGGAGAGACUCAAGCAGACGUGGCCAUCACCUUCUUGCCCCGACGCAGCGAGGGCAAGUGCAAGUUCAUGAUUGACAGGGACGACGUCCCCGCCGACACGCCCCCCGGCAUCAUCUGCCUCAACGUCCAGAAGGAGCGCAAGAUUAGACACAGGGACAUUUAUACCGUCGUGUCCCGAAUUCUCAGAGAGUACGACUUGAAAUGCACCGACACCAGUAUCAAGGAGGCCUAUCUGCAGGACGGCAACAGGUUCAAAUUGGACCAGCAGCAGGUCCCCGCCGGCGAAGGGGAGACGAUACAGUUGACUCUGCGGGAUGUGCUCACUGUAAAGACUGAAUGUGGUGCGAUGCUUCAAUGCGUGCAAGCGCCCCUCAACGUCAUGGACGCUGGGGCCGAUCCAUUCAAAUGUACUCUUGAGUAUAACUCUUCCGGCGAUAUCCCGCUUAUCGAGGAGGGAGGCGCGGGUCUUAAGUAG